UUUGAAGCCACUUGUGAAGAGGGCAACCUGCCUAAAUUCAUACAUAAAAUUAUUGAAUUUCCUGUCGUUUUACUGAAUACCCAUACCUUAGAGAUUAAAGACACUUUUCAACGAUAUGUGAGGCCAGAGAUGAACACACAACUUUCAGAUUUCUGCAUCAAUCUAACUGGAAUUACUCAGAAUCAGGUGGACAAAGCUGAUACUUUCCCUCAAGUACUAAAAAAAGUUAUUGACUGUAUGAAAUUGAAGGAAUUGGGAACAAAGUAUAAAUAUUGCAUCUUAACGGAUGGUUCAUGGGAUAUGAGUAAGUUCCUGAAUAUUCAGUGCCAGCUAAGCAGGCUCAAAUAUCCACCUUUUGCUAAAAAAUAGAUCAAUAUUCUGAAGUCAUAUGGAAACUUUUAUAAGGUCCCUAGAAGUCAAACAAAAUUGACAAUAAUACUUGAGAAACUGGAAAUGGAUUAUGAUGGGCAACUCCACUGUGGCCUCGAUGACUCUAAGAACAUUGCUCGAAUAGCAGUUCGAAUGCUCCAGGCUGGCUGUGAGCUUCGAAUGAAUGAGAAAAUCCAUGCGGGACAGCUAAUGAGUGUGACUUCCUCAUAUCCCAUAGAGGGCACUCCAGCUCCACAAAUGCCCUAUUCUAUAAAAUAACAGCAGUUUUGUCCCUGGAUUGUUCACAAAGAAGUUGCAAACGCCUAUUUAUGGAAGUUGUUCAGCAAUGCAGAAUGUCAGCAGCACCUUCCACAUCUAAAUUUUAACUAUGGUUGUAGUUAUACCUGUGAGGGGGUGCAGACUCUGUGGUGAGGGCAUAAUUCUUUGUCACCAACACUUUUGAUAUGAGCAGUGUUAGUUACCCA